UUUCCAUCACUGCCCAUUUUUUAGGAGCACAAAAUCUAGUUCUUCAUGGUAGUCUCACAAAAAAUAACAUAAAUCCACUUUUAUCUUCCCAAAAUGGACAAUUUUGACGUGAUUGCUAAUCAACCGAUAGUCAUAGAUAAYGGAUCUGGUGUUAUAAAAGCUGGUUUUGCCGGCGAUCAAGUACCAAAAUACCACUUCGCUAACUAUGUUGGUAGACCAAAACAUGUUCGUGUCAUGGCUGGAGCUCUGGAAGGAGACAUAUUUAUCGGACCAAAAGCUGAGGAACACAGAGGAUUACUGAAUAUAAGAUAUCCAAUGGAGCAUGGUGUUGUAAGAGAUUGGAAUGACAUGGAAAGAAUUUGGCAGUAUAUUUAUUCCAAAGAUCAAUUACAAACCUUUUCAGAAGAGCAUCCAGUCCUUCUKACAGAAGCUCCCUUGAACCCAAGAAGGAACAGAGAAAAAGCAGCCGAGAUAUUUUUUGAAACUUUCAAUGUUCCAGCACUUUUCAUUUCAAUGCAAGCUGUGCUUAGUCUAUAUGCAACAGGUAGAACAACGGGAGUGGUACUUGAUGCUGGAGAUGGCGUUACCCAUUCUGUUCCAAUUUAUGAAGGAUUUGCAAUGCCCCAUUCUAUCAUGAGAACUGACAUCGCAGGAAGAGAUGUAUCAAGAUAUUUACGAUUGCUACUACGAAAAGAAGGCCACAAUUUCCAUUCAUCUUCAGAGUUUGAAAUUGUUAGGACCAUAAAAGAGGAUGCCUGUUAUCUUGCUUUGAAUCCACAAAAAGAGGAAUCGCUAGAAGGUGAAAAAAGACAGUAUGUCCUACCAGAUGGCAGUCAAAUAGAGAUCUCAGCUCCACAAGARAGAUUAUAUUCAACAUGGAUAGGAGGUUCUAUUCUAGCAUCUCUGGAUACCUUCAAGAAAAUGUGGGUUUCGAAGAAGGAAUACGAAGAGGAAGGAGGCAGAGCAAUCCAUAGAAAAACAUUCUAAUGUAGAUUAUAAAAACCUUUAACCAUUAGCUAUAAUAAAUAGAACUUUACAAGGCAAACACUGCCCGUCAUGUGAUAUCAACAAGAGAGUAUUCUAUUGCUUGGUAUCAAUCAGUUGAAUGAAUCUCACAACAGUUACUUAUCUCAUUGCCAACCAUAUAUCGCAUGUGUUUUCAUUCAUUAAGAGUUGUGUUUGUAGAAGUUCAGAUCAUGUACCUAUAGGAAAUCAGACUCCAGAGAAAGAACUAGGGCAAAGACAAUGCUUCACAUUUUUGGAGAGGACUCUAUUAUAGUGUCAGGGCAUGUCUUGUUGUUGCAGCUUUUAAGUUGUGGGAAGGGGUGUCAAAUUGCUGUGGUCAUUUUCUAACUGAAUAUGAAAAUAAUUAUUAUGCAUUGUAAUUAUGUAUGAAUUCUUCAUAGGAUAUCUACUCCUUAUUUCAACCUUUACUGUGCAAAUCGAAAAACUGUUGGCACCUAGAAAUAUUUCAAGAAUGUUUCUUAACCAAUCUUUCCGUUAUCUUGUGGUUAGAAAGUCAAUUCUGAUUGGCCAAAGUACAAUAGAAAAUUCCUGGCAUAUUCCUAAGUUCCCACGGUUUUUCAAUUCGCACUGUAAAUAUACCUAGAAUUGGAUUCAAUUUUUAUUUCAUUUUCAGACAGCUUCCAAAACACAGGGGCAGGCAUAGGUUUUCCGUUGUGGAAGGGGGGGAUUAACCACUCUAAUUUUGGGGGAGGGGAUUGCAAUGCCAAGACAUGGCUUGUAACACUUUCAAUACAGUUUUAAAAUCUUGGAAAGCUACUGUACAAGUCCUGUCAUCAUCCUAUUCCAAUACCUUACUUUGUAAGAUACAAUUUUGUUCUCUGUAACCGAAAAACUGAUGGAAGUUUUAAGUAAAGCUGUAUAACUUAUAUUAAGUAGAAAAAUCUUAUUUAACGUAUGUAAUAACAAUAUUUGAUUGUUA